UGACGCAGAUGGACACGACGGAGUACACGUCUCGACGUUAGAGCUCUGACUCUCUUUGGUCACUUCUAGAUAAUGGACGCACACGUCGUCUUCCUUGUUUGGAUUAGUGUGACUGUUCUCUGACUGACCGGACGGACCUGUGUAGGAUGCAGCUGCACGUGAACGACAGUCCCGUGGCGAUGGACCUAGGUCAGAAGCUGGACAUGCGCGAAGCCAGCACGGUGGAGAUACUGGCCCCUCCGCUCCUUGUACUGGGGGCAGGCUAUAUUGCUCUGAUGAUCCUGUGGCUGAAAACCCACGGUGGCUGGGUUGCUCGGUUGUUCGUGCCAAGAUGUCUGCGGACCAAUUCUGCUGUGGACAUUACCGACACUCGAUUCAACAAGAACACAUACUCGGACAAAUGUUGUACAAAACCCUUGAUAUCAAUGGAGGACAAGAAGGUCCUCCAAUCCAUCACCGGGCAGACGAACAUUUUCAAAGAGCUGGUGAAAAUCGUGACGCCUGCCACCCUGUCUCUCGCCUUUUGCCCCCUCACCCUCUUCACGCACGGGCUGAUUCUUGAAGGAUUUUGGCCGAUGAAUGUGUUUCCCCAGGCUCCAAAUAUCAACGAUGGUAUUGCGUGUUUCCUUGUCCCGGCAGGGAUGGUGUACGCCAUAUCCUUUGGGUUUGCGUUUCAGGCCGUGUUCACUCGCCAUCUUGACACUGAUAGGUGUAUCAGCGAGGAAGUGAAUAACAUGAACCGAAUUAUCUCCCUUGUGUCAAGGAUGCAGUUUCCCAGCCCGAAGACACAACUCGGGAUACUUAGAGUCAUAAAAAGUGAAAUCAUUGCGAUGGUGCAGGAUGUGCUGGGCACACAGACGUGUCUGGACUACGACGCCGGGAAGGAAGCAUUCCAAGACCUCAUCCGGGUUCUAGCGUCAGAGUCUUCAAUGGUGACGUCACAGAACGACGCUGUGUUGCGAAAGCAGGCGAUAAAGUUGAUAUCAGCUCAAGUGUACCACUUUGAACUGAAGUGUCCCCAUACUCAGAGACUCAACCCUGUAAUGUGGGGAGUUCUGGAGACGCUGGGGUACUUCAACUUCAUGGCCAUGCUGCUGGUACAGACUCAGUCCUAUGGGAUGGAUCUGUCCAUGUGCAUCAUCACCGUCAUUUCCAUCUCCAUGCUCUGUUACGUCAUCGCCGACCUUGACAACCCCUUCAACGGCUUCUUCAGAGUCAACCUCGCCGUGUUUCCGGCGGUCGUCAACCGGCUUGACGUCAUUUACAGGAAGUGCGUCCACACCACGUGCCGCGACACCAACAGCAAGGAACACGUGACCGUAACCACGUGACUCUUUCAAUAUCAUAAUUUCUUUGUAUAUAUUAAGGUAAUGUUAUGAAUCACUAAUUAAGUGCUUAGAUACAACAAUCGUUCCUGUCAUAUUAAACCACAGCGAGUGUACUCGAUAUGAUUUUGAUUUUUGAGAGACAGUCCUUCAUAUCUGAAACUCGGUAAUCUCUGGUCUGUCUUACAGACCCUGUUACAAAUAUAUAUCAAAUACAGCCCAUGCAAGUCUAUCAUGUUUGGCAAGCCUAGAUCACUGCAGUAUCUGAAAAUGAAGAGAGUCACUGGGGUCCUUUUUAUUAUAUUUUUAUUAAGAUGAUAACUGAACAACUGGGUUUUUUCUGUACGAUAUGUUCAUUUCAGAGACUAGAUGUUAGUCAAGGUAAUCUCGAAAAUACCUAUAUACCUAUAUAGUCCAAGCUGCGGUACUAUGUCUGAAUAACACCGUUUUAUCUCAAAUUAACACUCACAUAUGUCGAACAUGUGUAUUGGUGAUACUAUAUAUGCAUCUUGGAUCUUUAUCUCGAAGUUGGCUUAGUUACACAAUUAAUGAUGGAUUGUUCAGCUUGGAGUUUAAAGUAGACAAGAAUGCAGUAUACGGGACACUUUCCGCCAUUUUGGUAAGGGAUGUAAACGAGCUCGUUCCUCAGUGAGGGUUUCUAAGUAUUUUCAGACGUCAUUUUUCUCGCCUCGCUAAAAAAUAGGUUUGGAGGCGCUUGCUCAUAUUAAACCAUACAAAUGUAUAGGGGUCAUUUUUCUGCUUAUUUUGAGCUUUAUCGCCAUAUUUUUCAAAUAGUGGUGCUGUCGCGUGGGGCUUUAUCAGUGGCAUCAAACAAACAUGGCGGAUAGGUGUCCGGUAUAAUGUGUACCUUGAUAUAUUGUAAAUUUAGAAACAGUAAGGAACAUUCAGUGUUUUGUCUCCAGAUUGGAUAUGGCAUGGUGAUGUGAGUUGGUUUAACGCCGCUUUUAACAGUAUUCCUGUUAUAUCACUGCGUGUCAGAUUAAUGUGGGAGGAAAGCCCGAAGUGAUGCAGGUCUUAGACGUUAACGACUUCG